AUUUGAUAAGGUCACUUAAACCCAUAGGAGCUUAACAAGUCAGAUUUGUUCAUGGGAUUUAUUUAAAUGCACAGUUUAUAAGUUUAUAAUCAGUGCACAUAUAGUCCAGCAGGUCACUUUUCGUGCGUUUGCCAACAUUUUGAUCAGAACAACCAACACGGAAAAGCUUAUCUAAAAUCAGUAGGUGCUACCGGACUACGGGAAGACUUGUCACGAUACGAUUAAAUUGUCAUGAUAGUUGACGUAUGAAAUAACUCGGAAUAUCUCAUCAGAAAUGGAACAUUCGGCAAUGCUUCUAGGAACAUUUCUGGUCUUUAUAUUGGCCACUGUCAUCCAAGCUAAUCAAGAUAACUUUCAAAAUGUACAAAUAGCGUUUGCUACUCCCCACGCUAUCGAAGAAAAUUGGAUAUCUAACGACCACAAUGACAUUGCUGACAAUAUCUUAAGUGAACUCACCGACGCUGAGCUGGAUAGUCUGUUAGAAGAGUUACACAUUCCCAAACAGCAAGGUGAUAUCAUAUUGAACAAGAAACAACUUGUACAGAAGAUAACGAACAUGGAACUUAGGGAUUACAAAAACAGAAACCUACCAAAUGAAGUGGAUCUAAAGAAUCGACCCAAAGGAAACAAUCACGAGGGCGAACACACAACAGAUUUAAUAAGGAAAUACAAGGUGCAACAUUUAGAAAAUAAAUCGCAAAAGAAUCGUGUUAAAAGAAAGAUGAAAACGGGCUAUGUUCAGGAGUGGAUCUUUCCCAUAAGAUUUAGUUUCAUAUCUUCAUACAGCGACGAACAGAAAACUGAAAUACGAGGGGCGCUCCAGAACUGGGAAGAUGCUACGUGUGCAAGUUUUACAGAAUCAAACGACACAACUGCCCCAGCGAUGUUCUUUGAGCCUCUUCAAGGGUGUUAUUCUAAUGUGGGUCGGGACCCUUCAUCAAUCAACACAGUGUCGCUUGCAGAAUCGUGUUUUACGACCGCUACCAUUGAGCACGAGAUCGGGCACGCCCUUGGCUUCUACCAUGAACAAAGUAGACCAGAUAGGGACUCGUUUAUCACCGUGAAUAUCUCAAAUGUCGAUUCAGAGAAGUCAAGUAACUACGAUAUAUUAUCUUGGGACGAGGCUCUAACAUACAAUAUAGAAUAUGACUAUGGCUCAGUCAUGCAAUACGACAAACGAGCGUUUACAAGCAACGGUGGGAUGACCAUGGUCGCAAAAGAUGGCGCUUAUGACAAUACACUUGGACAAAAUGUCGGCCUAUCGUUUUCCGACAUAAAACUAUUUAACACAGAAUACUGCAGUGGUUCCUGCAAUGGGUAUAGAAACUUAGAGUGGAAAGAUUGUCAACAUGGAGGAUAUAGGGACCCCAAUAAUUGUAACGUAUGUAAAUGUCCGGAUGGAUGGACCGGAGCUACAUGUAAUACAACAAGUCCCCCUGUCAAUGCUGUAUGCGGAGCUGAACUCAGUGUGACAACACCAGGGGAGUUAAUGACUCCAUCUUACAAUGUAGGAUACACCAAAAAUACUUCAUGUACAUGGCUACUUACUGCAGAUGAAGGUUCCCAGGUGACAGCAUCAUUCGUUGGGGAUUUUGGCAUUGAUUGCUUAAAUGAUGCAGAGUCGGGCUGUGAUAGAGAUUGGGUGGAAGUCAGAUACAAUGAUUUACAACAUACUGGACCAAGAUUCUGCUGUGGCACAACACCAAGUGGAACAUUUGUAUCCAAGGGCAACCAGAUGAUGAUUCUAUUUCGCUCGAAUACAAUAUUUAGUGGAUCGACACCUAUCCCGAAUAAUGGAUUCAAACUACAGUACUCUUUAACUCCAAGAGUUGGGAGUCUCCCAUGUGAAAGUCUAAAACUGUCUGGUUUGUCACAGUCCCCCAAGCAACUAUGGCGAACAGGAAUCUUCAAACUGCAGUCGAUGCCAUGGAACUCCAGACCAGUUUACAAACACCUAGUUGAGCCAGUGUUCAUGUUUUAUGACAGUGGAUAUUGGCUCAUAGGAUCAACUAUUGGGGAAACUCAAUCAGGGAUACGAGUGCUCAGUUCAGCGUUGCAACCACAAGACGUAACAGGGGUUUGGGAAUCUUUUAGUGGCACCUCUUGGGUAGCUGAGUCAGGUCUGGUUACGUCAUGCUCAGCUAUAUGUGACAGGAUUUGGUUUAGUGGUGUUUCAAGAACUGGACCACAUGCCUACUUGUUAGGAGCCUAUAGUUUUUCAAAUAAUGACUCGAAUGGAUCACCUAUCUACAAGAAACAAGAUGCCACAAGCAGUGGUGAAAUAACAAUUAGAAUGUCUGGUGGCAACAAAUGGAGUAUUGUAUCCGAGUCUGAAACUAUAACCACAACGUUCACGACAACCAUCACAAACCCAGUUGAAGUUCCAAAUGUAUGGACUGUGUCUUCUGGUACGAUAGUCCUGGAAUGCUACUUUGGUCCAGAAGAAAAUUGUGGUGACGUCAUGUUAGAUGGUGGUUCUGAACAAAGAUCAAGACAGGGCAUCUACUCAUUGUAUGGUUCACUUCUCAAUGGAAGACCUGUAUAUAUUCACGAAGAUGGAGUAAACUUUCUGUUUCACGUCAUUAUUGAUCAGGCGUCGAGGUUCUGGUACAUUUCUACUGAUAUUGGCAAUUCCCUAAUAGGCGCCAUACGUGUCGAGGACUCAGCUAUGUCGGCUGAAGGCAUUACUGGCACAUGGGAAGCAUACAUGAUACAGGACUGGGUAGUUGAAACAGCAAUGGCCACAUCAUGUAUAACUAAUAACACUGCCCCAAGCGCAACUUUGUAUAUCGGUGGUGUGAUCACAUCGUCUACUCCACAAACCGUCAGGCUAGGACUAUACACUAUACACGGAGACUAUCAUAAUUCUAGACCAGUAUAUAUUCAUGAAUCAAACAAUAGUUAUCUGUACUACUAUAGUGGACUUUGGGUGAUUGGCGCUACUAUUGGUGAAAACCAGUUUGGUAUAAAGACAUCUGCAGCAUCCCUUCUACCUCAGGAAAUAACGGAGCCCCUAUAUGGAUUUGUUUCAUCUACUGGCUGGACAUUGAUGGACGGAAUCACUAUUUCCAGCUACAUGGAUACAGGUGAUGGGUCUUGUCGAGAGCUCCAGCUGUCUGGCAUAGGGGAUUCUGCGUUCAAUGGUCUGUAUGAAAAUAACGACCAAGAGGUCGGGAGUAGACCAAGUUACAAAAAGUCUGGUGGGGGUCUCAACCUUUAUUUCAGAGCAUCGAGUGGACAAUGGGUAAUUGGAGCAGACCCUAUUAAUAUAGCUGUUGGUUAUUUUGCUUAUACAAAUGAUCCUGCUGUGGAUCCAACUAAAACAAGUAAUUGGAACAUGUACGAUGGUAGUGGUUGGGUACCCCAGCCUGAAGUAGUGUGGAGCUGUCUAGAUGUGACAACUAGUACCACAGCUGUACCAACUACAACAGCACCUGUUCUAACAACUACCCCACCUGUUGCCAUGACUACUACCACACUUGUACCAACUACUUCUACAACUGUUUCAACUAAUAGCAUACCUGGUGCAAUUAGUACCACAUCCGUAGCAACUAGUACCACAACUGUAGCAACUAGUACCACACCUCUAGCAAGUACUACCACGCCUCUAUCAACUACAUCCACACAUUUACCAAUUACUAUUGCAGCCGAAGCAAGUACAACCAUACCUGUAACAGCUACCUCAACACGUGUGACAACUACAACCACACCUGUAGCAGCUAGUACAACUGUUUCAACUACAACCACACAUUUACCAACUACUACUGCACCUGAAGCAAGUACAACCACACCUGUUUCACUUACGACCACACCUGUACCAACUACAACAAUAACUUUAGCAACUACUACCAUAUCUGUAGCAACUAGUACACCACCUUUACCAGCUACUACCACAUCUUUAGAAGCUACUACUACAGCUGCACCUACUGCUUCCACACCUUUACCAGCUAUCUCAACUCCUGUAGCGAUUAGCACCACACCUGUAGGAACUACUAUCACACCUAGUACACCUACAACUAGUACCACAUCUGUAGCGGCUACUACCACACCUGUAGAAACAAGUGCAACAGCUGUUCCAACUUCUAACACACCUGUGUCAACUACUUCCACACCUUUACCAACUACUUCAACACUUGUAGCAACUAGCACCACACCUGUAUCUACUACUACAUUUAUACCAACAUCUACCACACCUAUACCUACUAUUACAUCUGUACCAACAUCUACCAUACCUGUACCAACAACUACGACACCUUUACCAACUACUACCACACCUGUAGCAACUAGUACAUCACCUGUAGCAACUACUUCCACACCUUUACCAACUACUACCACACCUUUACCAACUACUACCACACCUGUACUAACUAGUACCACAUCUUUAGCAACUAGUGCACCACCUGAAGCAACUACUUUCACAUCUUUCCCUACUUCUUCCACACUUUUACUAACUACAGCACCUGUACCAACUAGUACCUCAUCAAUAACAACCAGUACACCACCUUUACCAACUACUCCCACACCCUUACCAACUAGUACCUCAUUUGUAGCAACUAAUACACCACCUGUAGCAACUGCUACCACUACUCUACCAACUGCUUCUACAUUAGUAGCAACUAGUACAUCACCUGUACAAACUAGAACCACAACUGUAGAAACUUCCAUCGCACCUUUACCAACUACUACCAUACCUGUACCAACUACUACCACACCUUCAUCAACCACCUCAAAACCCGUAGCAACCAGUGCCACACCUGUAUCAACUAGUACCACUCCUAUAUCAACUAGUACCACAUCUGUGGCAACUACUUCCACACCUUUACAAACUACUUCCACACCUUUACCAACUACUACUACACCUAUAUCAACUACUACCACACUUGUACCAACUGAUACCUUACCUUUACAAACUACUUACACACCUUUAUUAGCUACUUCCACAUCAUUACCGACUACUACCACACCUUUACCAACUAGUACCACACCUGUGCCAACUAGUACCACAUAUGUACCUACUAGUACCACACAUUUACCAACUAGUACCACAUCUAUAGCAGUUACUACCACCCCUGUAUCAACUACUACCACGAUUGUAGCAACUACCACCACAUCUGUUGCAACUACUAUCACAUCUUUACCAACUACCUCGAUACCCUUAUCAACUAGUACCAUACCUUUACCAACUAGUACCACACCUUUACCAACUAGUACCAUACCUUUACCGCCUACCUCAACACCUGUGCUAACUAACACUUUAACUGGGUCAACUACUACCACAACUAUCUUAGCUCCUACUACAACUGUUCACACGACGGAAACAGCCACAUUGACAUCUGGAUCCAUCAGUACUACACUGAGUCUCCCGACUACAACAGAAGACGUCACUACAUCUGUAUCAAAUAAUAACACGACUGUUCAUACGACCAGUUUGACAUCUGAAUCCAUCGGUACUACAAUGAGUGUUUCGACGACAACAGAAGCGGUCACUACAACUGAAUCAAAUGCAUGUGGAAGAACAACUUGUCCUCCUGGUCGAGUAAGCGAUAAUUGUGCAAAACGUGGAUAUGCAUUUUCGAGUGUUCUCCGAUUAAACGAUGAGUUUUCACAGACAUUGAAAGAUGAGGAAUCAGUUGAAUAUAAAGACUUCGAGGAAAAGUUCCUGUGCACGGCUAGUGAAGGCUAUAAAAAUGGUGGUCUUACGAACAAAUAUCGACCAUUCUUGAAGGUGGAGAAUGUAACCAGUGGAUCUAUCUUGGUAGCGUAUUCCCUGACUUUAGAACCAUUGUCAACAGAUGACGUUAACGAUCCCCCAACAGCUGAUUUGGUGAAGGCGUCAUUCAAUGUCACAGCUGCAAACCAAUUUGGUUUACUUAACUACACCGCUCCACCCGAAUCAACAAUAGAUUACGACGAGUGCUCAACGCAAGAUUCCAAUGAUUGCCACACAAAUGCUUUGUGCACAAAUCAGAUUGGAUCAUACACAUGCGCAUGCGCCUUUGGGUUUGUUGAUGAAAGUGCUGACUCUACCUUACCAGGCAGAAUUUGUAAAGCUCAAAGUGUAUUUAGCAGUCUGGAGCUGAUCUUGAUCAUCGUGGGUGGGUUCCUAGCUGUCGGUCUUAUUUUCGUAAUCAUAGCAAUAUGUUACUGUAUGAGAACAAAUUCAUCUCGUAAAGAUAAUCUGAAAGAAGCUGAAAUCAAUCGUGCACAUUUAGGCGAGGAUGUAUCAAGGAAAGAAAUCGUAUACAAUGCGAAUGAAGAGCGUGUUCCUCGUGAAGUAUACGGUUAUGAUAAGAGAGAUACUUCAGUACCAAACGUCAUAAUGGCGCCAAACAUUGAUGAUGAGGAAUACGGACAAACAUACGAAUAUAUCCAGCCUGAGAACCAAUAUACGAUUCCGCGAUUUACAACUUCUCUUGCAUUUAACAGCAAUAUUUUAGCUGUUAAGAGGGAUCUUCCUGGUCCUGCGAGGGGUAAUGGGGAAAUCUACAGCCGCGGCGCCAAGGAGGACGCAAGGCGACCAACAUUACCGCCACCUACAGCGAGAAAUACCAACAUUAUACAAAGAGAAAAUACUUAUUUCACAAAUGGAAAAUCCAUGAUAAAUCAAAACAGACAAAGUCAAGUUUAUGUGAAUGGAAAUUCAAAUGACCAAAACAGACAAAACACUUAUCUACAGCCUAUGUCUGGUCCUAGUAGAUCAAUGGCAACUGGCGACAAUCAACGAGUGUUUAGAACCAGUGCAAAUGUUAACCCCAAAAGGCAAUCAGAUAUAAAUAAUGCAAUUGUGUAUUAAUGAUGUAUACCUUAUCUUAGGCCUAUAUAAUUAUAAUUAUAAUUAGACUUGUAUAACAAUCGCAAUUAGAGUAACAAUCACAUAAAGCAAUACAAAUCAGAAAGGUGUUGUAAAAAUGAAACAAAUAAGAACACCGGAAGCAUCCGUUUUACUCAUCCUCCUUAAGGUGUCCAGAAUCCAUACCUCCAAAA